AAAGAAAUUGUCUCUCUCUGAUAUAACUUGUUUGUUCCCAUAGGAAACGUUUCCUUCUCGCCAUCUGCGAUUCUGAAUCUUUCUUUUGGAGAAUCGGAAGUAACUCUCGCCGCGGUUGGUUAGCAGAGCGGUGAGGAUGUCGACUCCUGCGAGAAAGAGACUGAUGAGGGAUUUUAAGAGGUUGCAACAAGAUCCUCCUGCAGGAAUAAGUGGUGCUCCUCAAGAUAACAAUAUCAUGCUUUGGAAUGCAGUUAUAUUCGGGCCUGAUGAUACCCCAUGGGAUGGAGGUACGUUUAAAUUGACUCUUCAAUUUACAGAGGAUUAUCCCAAUAAGCCACCAACAGUUCGUUUUGUCUCUCGGAUGUUCCAUCCUAAUAUUUAUGCGGAUGGAAGCAUUUGUCUGGACAUCUUACAAAAUCAGUGGAGUCCAAUUUACGACGUAGCAGCAAUACUGACCUCUAUUCAGUCAUUGCUCUGUGAUCCAAAUCCAAAUUCUCCUGCAAAUUCAGAAGCUGCUCGAAUGUUCAGUGAGAACAAGCGCGACUAUAAUAGAAGAGUGCGAGCGAUUGUUGAGCAAAGUUGGACAGCUGAUUAGUCGUCUAUGGUCGGUUCUCAGAACUUCAAAAAUAGUCCUAUGUCAUGUUUAAAUAGCUUUAAGACAAAAAAUUGUAUUGCAAACUCCUUUGACUUGAUAAUGUUGCUUGUUUUAUGAGGAUGGAUUCUCUUAAUUGAAAUAUUUGGUCCACCCUCUACUGCAUUUCUGUAGGUUGGCCAAUAUUUACUUCCUUUCGAAAUACCACUACCUGAAUAAUUUUGAGACUUAUUA